ACAUGUGGUGACACCUCCCGCCAAACGGUAACGACUUCCGCCCCGGCGAAGCCGCCGCUCGCUCGCCUCCGUCUCCCGCGUCUAGGGUUCCGCCACGUCCACGACGCAGGAGCCAUGGCCACGUCCACCUCGCUCCCGCGCGUCUCCCUCCCGCCGGUCGCUCGCCCGGCCGCCGCUCCCCGUCGCGGUGCCCCCCUCCCCGGUCGCCGCCAGGGGUACCUCCGUCUCCGCGGCUCACCAGCAGUAGUAGUACCUGCCGCGGCCGCGGGCUCCCCUUCCGUGCCCUCCCCGUAUCCGGAGGCUGGGUCGGGCGUCGGCGAUGCCCUCGGUGGCGUCGCCAUCUACUCCGCGGCCACCGGCGAGCCCGUCCUCUUCAGCGACCUGUGGGACCAGAACGAGGGAAUGGCCGUCGUUGCGCUGCUAAGGCAUUUUGGGUGCCCUUGCUGUUGGGAGUUGGCCUCUGUGUUGAGGGAUACAAAAGAGAGAUUUGAUUCAGCUGGCGUCAAACUAAUUGCUGUUGGUGUUGGCACUCCAGAUAAAGCCCGUAUUCUUGCUGAGCGUUUGCCAUUUCCUUUGGAAUACCUCUACGCAGAUCCUGAGCGCAAGGCCUAUGAUCUCUUGGGUUUGUAUUUCGGUAUCGGUCGCACUUUCUUCAACCCAGCCAGUGCAAAAGUGUUUUCACGGUUUGACUCCCUCAAGGAGGCGGUGAAAAACUAUACAGUUGAAGCCACCCCAGAUGACAGGGCAAGUGUUCUACAACAGGGUGGAAUGUUUGUGUUCAAAGGGAAAGAAUUAAUAUAUGCAAGGAAAGAUGAGGGCACUGGUGAUCACGCACCUCUGGAUGAUGUCCUCAACAUCUGUUGUAAAGUUCCUGUGGCAUGAUAUUGUAUAAUCAAUGUCCCAUGAGAAUUUCCACAUCCUGGUUCGGUUCAUGUCCCAAAGUUGUAUGCAGAAAAAGCAUCACUUGAUUUUGGAAGGGCAACUUCUUCAAGGAUAGUAUCUCCUUGUCUGUACGUGUGAUGUACCGUGCUGUUGAUAAUAUGUAAUACUCCUAUACUAUCAGUUGUAAACUUGACAUAUGUUAGGAAAACUUAAGGGCUUUCUCAUUCCUGCUAGCAUCACAGCCAUCUACCUGUGUUGCAACUUGUGACUUGCAUGCUUGAAUGGACUUGGCUUCUAUUGGUUGGCAGACCACGGA